AACUCGUUCGAUGGUUGAUCAGUUAUGUUUGUUCAUCAGACUCCGGUAGUACGGUGGAUUUAGGAUUUUAGACGAAACAACGGCACAAGCAACAAGAAACUCUUCAAGCAGGAGUACGAAACCUCGUUCCCAACAGGUGUCUUCCAUACACUAUCUACAAGUACCGCACCAUGUCCGCAAUGCAAAUAGACGAAGAAGAGGCGUCACCGGUGGAGGUCCCUCUGGUGGGAGAAAUUAACCAGGUGACAAUGCACCCCCUAGUGCUCUUGAGCGCCGCCGAUCACUAUCACCGAGUAGCCCGCGGCACCCGGAAGCGCGUAGUGGGCGUUCUUUUGGGGUCGGCGUCAAAAGGAGUUGUGGAUUGUACCAACUCGUUCGCGGUUCCAUUCGAGGAAGAUUCCAAAAAUGCCGUAAGUUCUGACGAACGAAAAGACAACGAGGUCGUCACGGCUUGUAAAUCUGAUGCAAUACUGGACGACAGAGGUGUUUGUUUGUUGGCCUCCGUGAACAUGGCAGGUGCAUAUGGAUUCUGUGCUUAGUUUUGUGUCUUACUUCCUUUAUUCGAUGCUUUUCAUGUGUUCCUUAGUCCGUUUUUUACUUGGAUCACAAUUACUUGGAAAACAUGCUGGCAAUGUUCCGUAAAGUGAACGCCAAGGAACGUGUCGUUGGCUUUUACUCUACGGGCCCACAGAUCCGACAAAACGACCUGAGAAUCCACGACAUUGUGAAACGUUUCUUGCCAUCAAAGACGAUCACGCCACCCGUUUUUUGCAUCAUCGACAUUCGCCCCGAUCGACAAUCCCUGCCCACCACCGCCUACAAGGUGGUGGAGGAAGUUUCCACUAGGGACGGCCAGAGGGAGGUCAAACUGAAUUUUGCACACGUACCGACCGAGAUGGGGGCCAUCGAGGCAGAAGAAGUCGGUGUAGAGCACCUUUUGCGGGACAUCAACGAUCCAACCGUGAGCACGGUUGCUUCCCUCAUCAAGGGCAAGAUUUCGGGUCUGGCCACGCUCGCCGAGAAACUCGUGGAGUGCAAGGAUUACCUGGAGGCCUGCGUUCGGGGAGACCAGAAAACCAAUCCGGACAUUGUCGCCAAUUUGCAAAACAUACUGAACCUUCUGCCCAAUCUCAAUACGGAAGAAAUGGUUCGAAGCAUCCUCAUAAAAACAAACGACAUGCAGCUGGCAAUUUACCUGUCGGCGCUGAUCCGAUCCGUCAUUGCCCUGCAUGAUCUCAUCAACAACCGCAUUCGAUACGGAGAGAACGGAACAGACAUAGAAGAGGAAAAGAAGGAAGAAACGGAGAAGGAAAAAUCCACGACUGACGAUGACAAGGACAAGAGUGGGAGCGACAGCAAGGAAAAGACGGAGGAAAAGAAAUGAAAAACAUGACCCUGUAUAAUGACAGCAACAACUAGUAACACAUUCUAAACAGAGAAAGCUGAGAGGACACACCGUUGCAGAUUAAUCAAUUUUGGAGAUUCCU